AUGGCUGAUGAUGAAAUGAGGUUCCAUAUGAACUCUCUUGCUGAAGAAUGUCUACGAGGUGGUGACUGCCUACCAAAGCAGGUUGUUGUCAUUGAUCCACUUGUCUCUGCAGCUUGGGUUGAUCCUGCGGCCUUUGACUAUGCUGAGUGGGCGGCCACCCAUCCUGAAAUCCUGGCUGAUGGACUUCAAGCCAUUGGGGUGUUCUGCAUUGAGGCACAUUGGAUUCCUUUCCUAAUUGCACCUUGGGGCAAUACAGUCCGCAUUGCUUCUUUUGAUGCUGCUCAAGAGCUUCCUGCAAUGUUGUCCGCUUGUUUGAUGCGCAUGACCCAUGGCCUUGGGUUUACUGAGACUUUCUUUGAUCAUGUGGUCCGACCGUUCGCCAUCAAAUCAGCAUGUGGUGCCGUGGCCAUCAAUUUCCUCCGAGCUCAGCUUGUUGGAUUUCCUCGGUUGUGUUCCAAUGUCUCUGCAUGGGAGGAACAUCACUGUUUACGACGCCGAUUUAUGCAGCAUAUUGGAAAUUCCACUGAGGUACCUCGCCCGUGGUUCUGGGGUAAUGGACCCCCUUCUGGUGGGAAUUUGGGUUCUGAGUCCGGCUUGCCUGGCCCUGCCUCUAGCAGCCCUUCGUGUGCCACUGAUGUAGCUCUUGGCCCUGCAGUGAGUGUUGGUGCUCCGGGUAGCUCUGCUCAGGUUGCUCAGGAAGUUGUUGAUGCACUUGCGUGUGUUCCAUCUGAUGGAUUAGGUGCGUUGAAAGGUCCCACUUUCAUGACAUCGCAACAAUAUGCUGCAGUUCGUAGCCAAAUGCUUGCAUCCGAUGAUCGAAGGAACUUACUUGCAGGUCAGUACGGCAUCUGGGCAGAUGAUGAGAUCAGAUUCCAUCUUCAGGCUCUUGCCGAUCAGUGUAAUGUUGUCAGCAAUGAUCAGCUGGUCCGGCAUGUCCGGGUUGUUGAUCCUUUGAUCACUCUCUCAUGGACACUACAAGGGUCGAUGUCAGCAACUGAUUCUGCACGUCUCUUUCGGUUUGCCUGCACUGAACAGGUUAUUCUUGUUGGGACACUCAAGGUCAGGGAACAUUGGGUGCCAUUUCUUCUCUUCCCAGCUGGUUCACGUGUUCGUAUUGUCACUGGGGACUACCAGGCAGAGAUUCCUGCUCAGUGGAUCAAUUGUCUGAUUGAGUUUGCGUUUGCUCUGGGCUUCCAAUCCUUGCGUUUUGACCAUACCCGCCGUGACAUUCGAUGCCGUUCUGCAUGUGGUGCUGUUGCCAUCAACUUUGUUGGCUGUCAGCUUGGUCUCUCUACCGAAGUCACCAAGUAUGCAGCUGUCUGGGCUCUUCACACUGAAUUUCGCCGAGUUUUCACUGAUGCACUGCAUGAGUCUGAGUUUGUGAGCCGACCCUGGAUUUGGGCAUCAGGACAGGAGAGUGAUGAUGCUUCUGAAUGCUCCUGGCCAUCGGAGGAUCAGGUCCCAGUCAAUCUUCCGGUUGCCGAAUCUACACCGGUUGCCUCCCAGACUGAUGGUGGUGUGCCAUUUGCACACCAGUGUAUCUCCACUGAUGAGCGGAUUGAUUUAUUUGCGGUCCAUGGGCGCUCCAUGGGUGAUGAUGAAGUGCGCUUCCACCUUGCCACUCUGAUCCAGAAACGUGCUUCACGUAGUGGAGGCUCUGAUACACACCGCCCAGUCGUUGUCCCCUUUGAGUGCCUUAACUUCCUGAACUGGGAUGAUGUUGGGCAUAUCCUCACUGAGAAAUGGUGUGAAAGUGCAAAGCAGGUCAAGUCUCAUGGCCAUCAAAUUGCGGCAGUCGUGCUUGAAGGGUCCCAUUGGCUUCCUCUGUGGGCGGUCCCAGCUGGGAUGGUUCUUGUGGUUCAUACCUUUGAUGACAUUGUGGACUAUGACAUUUUUGAUGGCAAGCUUCGCUGGAUUGGACUUCACUUAGGUUUUGAGGAGGUUGUGAUUCAUCGUUUAUUGCCCUGGUUUCCUCCAGCUGAAUCCAUUGCUGUGCCUAUUUUUGAGACUGUUGCUAUCCAUGUUCGGCUGUUGGAGAAACAAUUGAUGUCCACCUCGCGUCAGUAUGCACGGCUUCGUCGGGCACGUAACCCCAAUUUAAUCUUUCGUGACAUUAAGGGUCCGUCCAGUCAUGGGGUUGACUUCUUGAUCCGGCCUUUGCAGUCCAAUGUUACUGAAGUGCGUGCUGAUGACUGUUCUGUGCUUGUUGACCCUCCUCAACCGUGGGUCAGUGACCGUCCUGUGCUUGCUCAUGGGCUUCCGCUCAAUAUCAUUCAUGUGGAGGAUGACUGUCUCUGGCUCCAGUCCAUUGAAGGGGUUCAGGUUGGGCAGUGUGUUUCCCAGUUGCAGUGCACAGGGACAAAAGCUGAUCUUGAAAAGGCAUUUGCUGAAGCAUGGAAAGCACGUUGGGAUCGCCAUGCCCAUGUGCCGGAAGAUCGAUGGGUCACUAUUCUUUCUUUUGCCAGGGCCUUCCUGCCUCGACUUCGGUUAGAUUGGCCUCAGCUCACACCAGAUGUGUUGGGACAACUCAUUGCCUCUAAAAAGUCCUCCUCUGCUUGUGGGCUUGAUGGUGUCUCCAUCCAAGACCUAAAGAGCAUGCCACCUGCUGCCCUUUCAAAUUUUUGUGACAUGUACAGUACUGCUGAACAGACUGGUCAGUGGCCAUCCCAGCUCCUGAUGGGUAAGGUUGUAUGCCUGGCCAAAGUUGAUCAACCGAGUUCGGUCUUGGACUAUCGUCCCAUUACGAUACUGGGUACCAAGAAGGGCCCACCGUUGCCUAAUUAA